UGAAAAGGGGAUUGCAGGGACGCGUGAGAACCUCCUCAAACCCCAGCCAAAAACACGAACUGGAACGGGUGCAUUUCAGUGCAGGGCGACCCAUAAAGCAACAAUGGACGCCAAGAGGCAGAAACUGAAGGCACGGAAGGACCUGCUGAAGAAGGCUCUACUAAAAAGCAAGCAGCAAGGAGAUGGCAAACCCACGGCGACAGCGUCACCACUCCCAAAGCCAGUCGUAGGAGCCACGAAACAGAAUGCGGAUAAGCAAACGAAAGAGGAGGUUCACAACUCGAAACCGAAGAAGCAGGUGAAGGUGGACGUGAAGGACCAAGCGAUUGGCGCAAAGGCGCUAGAGGCGCAAGGUCAGAAGGAGCCAAAGCAGAAACUCACUGCAUUGCAGGAGAAGAUGCAGAAGAAGCUUGCAGGCUCAAAAUUCCGCUGGAUAAACGAAAUCCUCUACACAAAAGACUCCCCCGCCGCCGUUCAAAUCUUCACCCAAACCCCCGAAUACUUCGACAUCUACCACGCCGGCUUCCGCUCCCAAACCGAGUCGUGGCCCACCAACCCCGUCGAUACCUUCCUCUCCCACCUCGUCACUUUACCCGCGGGCACCGUGAUCGCCGAUAUGGGCUGCGGCGACGCCAAGAUCGCGCAGGUGCUGAAUGCGAAACGCAAAGGGCAGCUAACGACGCAUUCAUUUGAUCUGGUUUCGAGAAGGCCGGAGGUGGUGGCGUGUGAUAUUGCGCAUGUGCCGUUGGAGGAGGGGACGGUGGAUGUUGUGGUGUUUUGUUUGAGUUUGAUGGGGACAAAUUUCAUGGAUUUUGUGAGGGAGGCGGGGAGGGUGUUGAAGGUCGGGGGACGGUUGAUGAUUGCGGAGGUGGUGAGUAGGUUUCCGGAUUUCGAGGCGUUUGUGGAGGCAUUGCAAGGGUUAGGGUUCAGGAUGCUGAAGAAGGACGAGAAGAACAAGAUGUUCAUCCUCUUCGACUUUGUCAAAGCGUCCGAUUCCGCCGACGCAGACGACUCUCAUCCCAUCACUGCCACUCAGAAAACGAAAUGGAAGGAACAAGAACCACCAUUCAAGUCAUCAGCCACCGCAGCCUCCACCUCCGCUUUCACAGCCCAAUCCAAGAAGCGGAAAGCAAAUCCUCAAUCAGCCAGUGCCGCAACAUCAGAGCAAGAUCAGGACCAACAGCCAGCGGUCUCUAAACGCGCCAAGCAGAAUGCAAACAAACAGAAUGCGGGCGGAAAGAGCAAUGUGCCCAAUAAAAGCGCGCCUGCUUCUACGACGACACCCAUGAAGACGACGAAGGAUGGGCCGUUACUCAAGCCGUGCAUAUAUAAGCGGCGUUGACCCAUACCGAAGAAAAGUUACUCGUUGUACAUACAAUAGGAAGGCAGGCGCCAUGCAUGCACCACCCUCUCAUCGACAAACGUAGAUGUAGACUAGCCAUAGAACCGGGCGCACGUUUCUUGGGCGGUAAUUUAAGAAUGAGCAUUAGCACACCAAGUCCAUUCUAUGU